GGUCAAGGCAAUAUUUGCAUUAAAAAAAGGACGUUCCAGCCAUCAGCGCUAGAUCUGCGUAGUCUUCGUUGUCUUCAGGUGAAAAACCAAGGAAGUCAUCAUGUCGGGCGAAAAAGGGGGCGAAAUGCAGAGUUCUAAGCCGAAAAAAUCUUAUGAAUUCGACGACCUUUUAGCCAUGGUUGGCGGCUUCGGUCGAUAUACCUUUCUUCUUUAUGCAUUCAUGUGUGUAAUGUCUCUUCCCAUCGGACUACAGCAACUGGUCCAAGUGUUUUACGGUGCCACUCCAAAGUAUUCCUGCGUUGCUUUUUCGAACGCACAGGGAAACAACACUUGUACCGUUCUAAAAAGUGGAACGUGCUGUGAAAAAUGCACCGAUUACAACUUCAGUAAUCGUUUGACUAGUGCAGUCACUGAGGUAAGGAGUACUUCUUAACUGAUUUAAAAUCCCUUAGAUUCACCAGUUCCGAACAAUAAGCUGAAUAAGAAACCUGAAUAUUAAAGUAAUUGCUUCUCUGUACAUUUUACAUCGUCACCUGAAAAUUAUUGGGGCAUCUAAUACAAUACUUAGAUAAGCUGGAGUGCUCUUGUAAUCAGUUUAAGCUGAAAAGACAGCAAUAAACAAAGGCUGUCCUGACAUAACUUCGUCAUCUGUUGGGCCCGUACCCAUUGACAAUAGCAUGAAUUACGUAACAAACAAGCUGAUAGAGAAUGGUUCUUCUCCGCCUGCUAGCGGGAAAAUUCUCUGAAGGUCUCCUGUAUACGUCUAGGUCAUCGUUCUAAACAUAGUUACGUUGUUUAGGAGAUAAUCGCGAUCAGGGCUACUAUUUUUUUUUUUCGCUCAAAGGAACUUGAGAUAAAAAUGAAAGUUACCCUUCAGCGUCUAUCCUAUUUGCCAGAUCUUCGUCAUGAAUGUUGAAGAAAAUUCCUCCUUCCGUACCCAUUUUAAACUCGUCAGUAUAAUUUUUGCGCUAACAGUAAACGUUUCAGAGCAUAUAUAUCUGAGAUAAUCAUCGGCCGAAUACAGAGUUCACUUGUCGUACCGAAGUUCCCGUACUUCUAAAGGAAGCUAUAGAAGGAUGAAGUGAAACUAUCUAUCAUACAGUGGUCAUAUGAUAUAAGAAAACUAAUCAAACUUCACCUCUGAUUUUCUUUUAAAAUUGUGAAUUAUACCUUCAGAUAAACCUCAUAAAUGCCGCCAAGUAUACGAGACCAUUUAUCGAGGCUGAACUGAAAUCAAGCUACCGGAAAUUGGAAAAAUAUUCUUUUAUUAAUACUUUUAUAAUUUUCGUGCAGUUCUAUUUUCACUGCACGCUGCAUGUCCCGACGGAAACACCAAACUGACACCGCAAAACUUCCGUUUUUCUUGCUUAUAUAUUUUUUCUUGCUUAUAUAUAUUUUCUUGCUUAUAUAUACAUGUAGCUAACUCGUCGACACACCGAAAGCCGAACAUAGAGUUUACUUACUCUUUAAUGAAUAAGGACUAUUUCUUUUGCAGUAUACGUGGUUCUAUUCCCUGUAUACUUCCCUAUACUUUUACGAAAGUAAGGCAUCGUAAUACACAUCAAAAUCAUAUUUUGUCAGUGCAAUAUUAAUCUUUUUGGGAUAUACAAUACAAACCGCGACAAAAUUAGUCGAGACACUUAAACCACGAGGACAUUUCUGAAGUUUUGCCGACACAAUCUACAACAAAAGGGACAAAUAAAGCUUUACCUCACCCACUCCCUCUAAACAAUGUUGCUCCCCUGCUGCUCAAGUAGGAAACGACAAACAACCUAAUUUUGAACGGAGGGGGUAUAGAAGGGGUACAAUUUUGUCAACGACUGUAACUCUAGCAGGGAAGCUAAGAAAAGUGUUCACUAAGCGUUAAUACGAGUUUUCAGUAAGCGAAGAAUCCUGAUCCUAAAGAGAGCAGCACGAAUGUUGUUACAGAUUAUUGCAUAAAUUAGGCUCCGGAUAUUUAGGCUUAUAGCCAGCUUAUAUGCAUUAGCAUUGAAUAUAACCUAAAGUGAACUGAAGCUUUUAUAUAAGUCUUGGCCCCUACGUUCAAGUUCGGUGAUGCAACGAAACUUAUACCAAAUUAAAUAGUUCCCAAUGACUUUUGAAAAAGAACUCAAGAAAUUUAAGGGCUCGUUUAGCCGUUUUCUUAGAAGCAAAUUAAUUUUAAUCAACUGAGUGCCCUCUUAUUGGUCAGAGUAGAUAUUGAGAUCUGAUAAUGGUCGCUGAAUAAAAAUACCCAGAUUGUCUUCCAAAAUCGUCAUCCAGUACUUGCAAUAUGCAACAAGUCACGAGGGCUUUGUUCACUAGCUCUUGAGAUGGAGCGCGAAACCAUUAAGCGCAACCACGAGCCAAAAUUGGGGAUAGGGACUGCAAUAUCUAAUAUUUGUUCUUUUUGUAUGGUUGCUUGAAGCUAUGUACAGGUACAUGUAUCUCUGAUUAUUGUUUUUGAGUGCAAUAUUGUUCUGUCUGUUCAGACAAUAUCAUGCACAGAAUAUUUAGCAGC